AUGCCUUUCCCGAUUGAUGAUACUCAAGAACACAAACACCCAUCACCAUCGGGGCUUGUUGCUCGAUUAACAGGCAUUGAAAUUGAAGGCACCUUUAAAGGAUCAGGACGCGGCGAUCACAUUGUGGUUGUAUUUAUUGACGACCAAGAGAAGUGGAAAUCGAAGAAAUGCUCUGGCGGUUCACGACUGCAUUGGCAGGAGGAUCAUCGCUUAUGGCUUCAUCCCUCGUCGAGUAUCAAAGUCGAAGUCUUCCGCAAAAGCAGGGUUCCCGGAAAGGUGCACCUGCUUGGACAUUCCUUGGGGAGCGUCGUCGAUUUUCUCGGAAGCGGUCAGUCAUAUAUAUCAUCUACCAUUGAAGUACAACCAAUGCUUCAAAUAGAUGCUGCUAUGGACUUGCUGGAUGAUACUGGUGUUGUCGUUGCCGGCGUCAAGCUCAAGAUUUUGCUCUCGCUCGUCUCUGACUCUGCACAGGAUACAAUGGGAAGGGUCGAUGCAGUUAUAUCUCAACUCGAUGAUAGUAUAUUGUCAAAGAUCUCCAAGAGCGUUGAUGCGUCCGCUACUGUCGCCACAGGUGCAUAUUCAUCCGCAGACGCGGCUAGCAGCUGCAUACCAUCUCUUGGACAGGUAUUCGAAGCGGUCGUCAAAAUUGCCCGCACAUUCAGUGACACUCAUCCGAUAUUGAAAGUCUCAUGCACAGUCCUCUUAUCGGUGUACGAGGUGUGUAGUCUGUUGUUGUAA